AUGGCGCGAAAAUCUAGUCAAGAUCAAUCGUCGGCGGGCAUUAUCGUCGAAACAUUGAUGAAAGAAGCAAGAGAAAGAGUGGCCUGUGAUUUUCUCGAGGCUUGUGAGGGCGACGAAGCGAAGCGGGCAGUGGUACUCGAGCUCUGUAAAAAGGUACUCAGCAAUGAACAAUAUUCCAAAAUAGUAUCAGCGAAGAGAAGUGAAGAAGAUGAUAGCGAAAUUGAUGAACAGGACGAUAACGGAAACGAUGAGAGCGACGGAAGUGGUGAAAGAGACGAGGGCAGUAGCGAUGAUAGUAGCAUCCCCACUAUGAAAGACAUCAAGGGCAAACCUUACCAAGAUGGUAUUAGUGCUGAAACUGGAGAACUGCCUUUCGAAGAAUUCGAAGACUUGUUCGAGCCAGACGGAAAUCAACAGGAAAAUCAAAAGGAACAAAUGUGUAGAAGAAAACCGUCACUCAUACCAAACAAAGAUGCCAUUCGCCUAUUUGGUGCAGAAGCUGCAAAGAAGCUGGUCAACUGGCAUCACCAUGUGAAGCAUUCGGGGCAGCUAUACAGCGAAGAAUGGUUGGAAGGAAGGAUCCGUGAUCAGAAUUUGGGAACCAUCGCGAAACCAAUGCUGCUCAUAUGUCUACAACACAUUAAGAUUUCACGUGCGCCAACAGCGGUGCUAGGUAAGAUAUGCCAUGAUCUCGAAUUGCAGUCUCUGAUCAAGAAAGCUCUGGAGGUUUGGGGGGUAGCAGAUAGAUUUCCUAGAUUGUGGGCGAGGAAGCCUGCUGACCAAUAUGCACGCACGGGCGAUAUCAAAAUGUGUCGUCAAUGCGAGAUCUUUGUUGCAAGGGCUUACGUCUGCGUAACGACACUCAAACACGCAGCUGUCAGUGAUGAUCUUGGAAACAAACUAUUGUCAUGCCUCGUGGACAUGGAAAAGAACUUACCUCCGGAUUUGGCAAAGAAAAGGGCCCGAAGAAUGAGUAAAGAUUCGCCAAGGAGAAAUGGCACGCCUUCCUCCCCGGCAUCCAAAGCUAUGGCGAAAUCAAUCGCUUCGAAUACUUCAAAAAAUACAUCUAUGACACCGAUUGGCAGUUUGAAUGAUGAAAAAAUAAUUCAACAAGUAUGCCAACAUACAGGAAAAGUUUUGGGUGAAUUCAAUUCUGCUCGAGAUAUCGUCAACAGACUGGGCGAUUCCAUGAACGUCGACUACAUUUGCAAAGUUUUAAAAGGAAAGCAAAAGACCGCCUGCAACUAUAUUUGGCGAUACAAGAAAGUGUCUACGAGCACAAAUACCAUAUCGAAAGCGAGGGGCAAGCCCAAGACCAAGGAAAGGCCGGAAGAUGGCAGAAAUGGCGGCAGGGAGGACGAGGAAAUGGAUAGUCAAGUCGCCUCACUCAACAAGAGAUUAGGCAAAAGCAUUUCACCGACGAGGAAGGAAAAGGCUGGAUCUUUGACGGACAUAGCGAAAACCAAGUCAGUAACAAGAAACACUAGCAACGAAGACACUUCUGACGAUACUGAUGAUGAAUGCAAUAUUGAACAAUUAUCGCUUGAAACGGGAGAAGUUCUGGGGGAAUUCAGCAACGUUCUAGAAAUUGAGGACCGCAUCGGCCAUUUGUUGAAUGUCACAAGUCCCAGGAGUAGUAUAUUCACGGUUUUGAGAGGAGUGCAAAAAAGUGCCUGCGGAUUCGGUUGGCGUUACAAGAAAAAGUCGACUACUGCUAGAAAUAUAUCGAGUCAAACGGUCUCGUCUAAGGAAACCAAAGGUGGUAAUCGUGCGGACAGCAACAAGGGCGAUACUCAAGCUGCCUCGCCAAACAUGGGCUUGGACAGCAGCAUGUCGCCAAAGAUGAAGGAGAAGGUUGCGUCGUCGACGGACAACGCAAAAAAUAAUCUAGCAGCAACAAACACUAGCAAUGCAGACGCUUGUGACGAUACUGAUGAUGAAGGCAUUAUUGAACAAGUAUCACUUGAAACGGGAGAGGUUUUGGGGGAAUUCAGCAACGUUCUAGAAGUUGAGGACCGAAUCGGCCAUUUGUUGAAUACCACAAAUCCCAGGAAGAGAAUAAAGAUGGUUUUGAGAGGAGUGCAAAAAAGUGCCGCUGGAUUCAGUUGGCGCUACAAGAAAAAGUUGACGAGUGCUGGAAACAAAUCAAAUCAAACAAACAAGUCCAAGGAAACCAAAGGUGAUAACCUUGCGGAGGGUAGCGAGGGCGAGAAAGGCUAUAUUCGAGCUGUCUCACCAUACAAGAGACUAGACAAGACUGAACCAACACAACAACCAAUGAAGAAAAGUUCGAGCACAUUAAAGGAGGUUACAAAAAAAACAUCACCAUUAUCAAAGCCCAGCAAUUAUUCUCCAUAUGACGAAGCAAAUGACGAUCGAAUCAUAGAGCAAGUACUUCCUGACACGGGCGAGGUUGUAGGUGAAUUCAGUAGUAUCCGAGACAUCGAAAACAGUAUUGGGCAUUCAUUGACGAACAAAAAUCCCAAGAAAUAUAUUAGGAGGGUCUUAAAAGGAGGGCAAAUCAGCUUCAAUGGCUUCAUUUGGCGCUACAAAGGGGAUCAAAACGUGCAUACGGCGGAAGCCCACAGGAAGCGGAAGGCAAUAUUUGGUGUGGAAGGCUUGCCUUCAAGCAAAGGAGCAAAACUAAAUUCCCGUUCUCGCAGUCCUGGGAGUCAGGAUAAUUAUCCAUCUAUCAGUGCUUUGCAACACUUGCCGAGUACUGCUAGUUCUAGAGCAUUGAAUGUGCGAGCCAUUGCUUCGAUGGUAGAGAUCAAAGAGUCGCCUUACAUGAAAGAAGCAAGUGCCGAGGUUGGAGAGGAAAUGUUCGAUCAUUUCAAAGAUCUUCUGCUACCCAGAGGCUCUGAUGGAAGACAUCUUGAGGCGUCACAGCAAGCUAAGGACUUGUUUGGAGAAACAGCAGCAAGACAAAUGGUGACUGCUAGUACUCUCAUAGCAAAAUCUGGAAUGGUAUAUGGAUCUAGUUGGAAAGAUGGCUCGAUCCAAGGGAAGAAAUGCGGGUUGAUUUCAAAGCCUAUGUUGCUACUAUGUCUACAAGAACAACGGCUUGCUUCAAGCUCUCCGAAUGGGCUACAAAUCAUAAUUAGCGACCUUGGAGUUGUCACAAUCCUCGAAGAAGCACUCAAGUUUUGGAAGCUUGGAAAAAACUUCCCAUUGCUCGUAGGCAUGAAAAGUCUAUCUGCUAUACAAUCAAGAACGAAGGGGCUCUUGGGAUGCAUGAUUUUCGUUGCAAGAUCCUACAGAUGCAUGAUUGCCAUAAAGCGAACGAAAGUUAGCGACUCUACCCUGAAGAAGGUUCGAAAAUGUCUUUCGAUUGUCCAUGAUAGCUUGGAGCAACAAGCGGCGCGAAAGAAAAGGGUGCAGGAAGCGACACAAGAGACCUGUGUUGGCAAGUCUAUGGAACCGAUUGUCCAAAAGCAGAAAGUAGGUAGCAACCCCUUCGCGCAUACAAAUGGUGUCAAUCUCAGCAGAGUUGACGAAAGUAUGACAAGUCAUGAACCUUUCAGUCCUGGAAUUAUCAUGCAUAAUCUAUUUUUGAAACCAGCGAAAGUCCCCGGAGAAGCGCCGAAGGAGAAACCAAGACCAGCAACUCAGAAGGAUACCAAGCUAUCGACUCCACCUGAACUAGCUAGAGCUGGUACGACUAGAGCGAAUGACGGCAAACGAAUGGAGCAAGAUCGUGGCAAGAAGCAAACAACUGCUCAACCAGAACAUAACUUUCUGCAGACAAACCAGCGCACACAAGCCCAACCAACAAACAGGCUUCUGCAACCCAUUCAGCAAACACCAAAUCGGCCUGCAGAGGACAUUCAUACUCUCGCAAAUCAGGGAGCACAGAAUCCCGUACCCAUAAAUUCUCAAGAGAGCAAUAAGGAUCGAUUCCCUGUGACGCCAUCUGAUCCCACGACUCGUGCACCGAAUCCCAAACUACCAACGAAUGCGCCCAAUCCACUGCAAUCGAUCAAUAAUGUACCAUUGCCACCCUUGUACUCGGUUCUCGAGGGUCCUUGGUACCCGCCAGAUCAAGCUAGCCUUUUGAAUGAUGCAGAAACUGAAUUGGCAUGGCUCACUACCGAGUGCUCAUUUGCACUCCGUCUUCCUCCUAAAACGAUCAUUUGGCCCUUCAUCUGGGAGUACAGUUCACCCUUGCUGAAAAAGGAACUGCGGCAGUCGAGGGAAACAAAACUGGAAAAACUAGUCCGACUACAUGAUGGAUUUGUGAGGGAUCGUUUCAAGGUGCUCAAAGGAGAGAUACAAAAGGAAUUGAAUAUGGGCAAACGACGGCCUUUAAUGGAAAAGAUAAUUCCUUUGCUUCGUCACAGAAGCCGACUAGCCAACCGACUAAAAAAGCCUUAA